AUGGUACCGGUGCUUGCUCACGACCAUCAUGGAGCGGACCUUACAGAAGAACAACUACAUGCCCCAGUAGAUGCCACUCUCUGGAUACAUAUCGCCCUCCAAGCCAUCGUAUGGGGUUUCAUCUUCCCCGCAGGCAUGGUACUCGGACUUACACGAAGUAGAUGGCAUGUUCCCGUACAAAGUCUCGCCUUUGCCCUAACUUUUGGUGGCAUCAUUCUCGGCCAUGCCCAUGGCGGUCGGCGGUUCCCUUCUUCCGCACACUCCCAUAUCGGAUCAUGGAUUUUGGUCCCUAUCUUCGCCCAGCUGGGCCUUGGAAUCUAUCUUAAGCUUCAUAUUCAUGAACGUACCUUACGGCCAUACGCUGUGCGCGCCCAUGGUAUUUUAGGACGUAUAUGGCCCAUCCUUGGUUGGGUUCAGGGUUUGUUUGGCGUCAUCACGCUGGGGGGGUUCUCCGGGGAGUCGGGGGCUGGACAAUGGCCUGCGCACUAUAUCAUGGGAAGUGCAUUCAUUGGCUAUGGUAUGAUCAUGGCGCUCUUACUCGUCGUCGGCGACAACUGGGUCCGCCGCAGCGGUCGCAGCCUGGAAUGGUGGGACUCCUGGGUGAUUAUGCUUUGGGGCAUGGUCAAUACAUUUACUGAGCACCACGGCGGUGAAUGGAGUGUGGAAGAUAUGCAGCACACGAUUCUUGGUAUACUCUGGUGGGCUGGAGGUGCUCUUGGCAUCUUUCUGUCUCGGAAUAAUCAGAGAAAUGUCGUCCCUGGCGUCAUCAUAAUAUUAACUGGGUGGGCUAUGUCAGACCAUGCCCAGGCUUUGAUGUUGUCCACGAAGGUUCACUCCAUGUUUGGAUACUCGCUGAUGCUUGCCGGCCUUGCACGUAUCCUUGAACUUUGUUUCAUACAGCUGCCGUCCUCAUCCCUAUCGGAGACACCUCCACUGGGUGAUAAUGAUUCAGAACAUACUCUGACAUCUCCUGCACCCAAAGAUGCCAGUGUUGCCACGAAACCAAAUGCCUCUCGGACAUUUAGGCACUUGCCACCGUUCUUGUUAAUUGCUUCUGGGUUACUCUUUAUGUCUGCUACGGACGAGGAGCUCGAAGCUGUUCACGAGGAAGGAAUAGAUCACGUCACAUAUGUGCUGUCGAUGUAUAGCAUUGCAUUCCUGUUCUACCUCAUCACUGUCUUUUUGCUGCACCUUUACUCUACGUCUGGGCGGAAUGCGUCUUCUGCGCAGCAGCCCAGUGUUAUCUUUUCCGCUGAGGGCAUCGAGCUGUCAGACACGACUAAUGCGAGUAAGUGGUAUGCACCACUACCAAGGGAGGAAGGGACGUCUGCAGCAGUGCAUGUACUUGGAGAGGACGAAGAUAAUUGA